AUGGCUUUCUUGCAGCGCACCGUGGCCGCUGUGCGACAGGGCGUGGUGGCCCGCCUCAACCUGAACGCAACCCCCUCCCUCACCAGCCUGCGCGGGUUUGCUGCCGCGUCAUACUUGGAUAAGGAUGAGGUGGUCAAGCGGGUGACGGAUGUCAUCAAGAACUUUGACCGCGUGGACGGCAGCAAGGUGACAGAAUCCGCAGCGUUUGCCAGCGAUCUUGGCCUGGACUCCCUGGACAGUGUGGAGCUGGUGAUGGCGUUGGAGGAGGAGUUUGCCAUUGAGAUCCCGGACCAAGAGGCGGACAAGAUCACAUCUGUCGCCGAGGCCGUGUCCUACAUCUCUGCCAACCCCAUGGCCAAGUGA